CUUGGCUAAGAGGGAAAGAGAAGGGUUUACACAGAGGGAGAGAGAGAGAGAGAGAGCCCAAUGACGCAAAUGUCACGGCGCGUUCAUGCAAAUUCAGAAAGAUAGAUCCAUAAAAACAAACUACACUUACUCCCAUACACAGCUUUUACAAUUAACACUUCUUACACAGUAAUCAAUGGGUGCCGAGCCCUUUUCCCAAUCCCAAAUCCAAAACCAAAACCAUAAUCACAACUCCCGCCACGCGCCCUUGGUUCUCGGUCUACAGCCCUUCGCCCUCGUCGACAAUGUUGCCACCGUCGAUUGGUCCCUUCUCCGUCAAAUUUCCGGCGAGCGCGGUGGCUCCGUUCCGGUUGGAAUUGAAGAACUGAAUGGCAUACUGGGCGAGGUUAAAGCCCACUCCCAUGACGCUCAUUCUCCCAUGAAAACUCUCGCUGGUGGCAGCGUUGCCAACACAAUUCGCGGGCUCAGUAGCGGUUUUGGAAUUUCAGGCGGAAUUAUUGGAGCCUACGGGGACGAUGAACAAGGCCAGCUUUUUGUUAAUAACAUGACCUCCAAUGGCGUCGACCUGUCACGACUCCGUAAGAAGCAAGGGCACACGGCACAGUGUGUUUGCUUGGUUGAUGAGUCGGGCAACCGAACAAUGCGACCUUGUCUCUCAAAUGCUGUCAAAGUUCAGGCUCAAGAGUUGAUGAAAGAGGAUUUCAUGGGAUCCAAGUGGUUGGUGUUGAGAUAUGCAAUACUCAACUUGGAAGUUAUUCAAGCAGCAAUUCAUUUAGCCAAACAGGAAGGCCUUCUUAUUUCCUUGGAUUUGGCCAGUUUUGAGAUGGUUAGGAACUUUAAACUACCGCUUCUAAAGCUACUGGAAUCUGGGAAUAUAGACCUUUGCUUUGCCAAUGAGGAUGAAGCAGCUGAGCUUUUAAGGGGUGAACAGAAUGCUGAUUCUAUUGCUGCUGUAGAAUUUCUUUCCAAAUACUGCCAAUGGGCUGUGGUGACAUUGGGCUCUAAUGGGUGCAUCGCUAAACAUGGAAAGGAGAUGAUACGAGUCCCAGCCAUUGGGGAAACGAAGGCAUGCGAUGCUACAGGAGCAGGGGACCUUUUUGCAAGCGGAUUUCUGUAUGGAGUGAUCAAGGGUCUAUCACUAGAAGAAUGCUGCAAAGUAGGCGCAUGCAGUGGUGGAUCUGUUAUCCGGUCACUUGGUGGUGAAGUGACAUUAGAGAAUUGGCAAUGGAUGUACAAGCAGAUGCAGAUCAAGGGUCUUCCCACGCCUACACAGAUUCAUGCAAAUGAAUAUAGUGGCUAAUUUUUCUCCCUUUAUUCAUGUUGCCUUGGUUAUAUUAUACCGAUUUUUUCUUUUGCUCUUUUUUUUUUUGCUGUCUUUUAUUAUUCAUUAACUGACAAUUCAAAUGACAGCCACACGAGUUAUGGAAGCUAUAUAUUUUUCAGGAAAAUUCAAUCU